CUGAUUGGAUGCCUGCAGAUCUGCGGUUGGCCGUGUUGAGUGGAAGAUCGCUGGUUUUCCCCAAUAAUGUUGUUUUGACUGCGUGCCAAUUGUGUUAUUUGAUGUCUAUAGUGCGUGAUCUUGAACCCGCUUGGGCUCAUACCUUCCUUCGCUGGACCCGAAUGCUUGAUUUGAAUUCCCAAGGCGAUAUACCUGCUGUCAUUGAUCUUCAAUGCACUGCACAUGGGCUUUCCCCUACCUCAAAUUACGCCAUACCCAGUACUCGACAGGUUCAUGCUCAGGUGUGAUAGUUUGAACGUAGUGCACACUGCCAGCCAUUUCAAAACAUCCUCGAUAGACAAAAAUAUCAUGGAACACUCUCACUUAUGACGUACGGAAAAAUGUACUAGAUAAGGACUGCGCCGAUCGUAGUAUGAUACUUGAUGCCUCUAUUGAUUGCUUUUCCCAUCUGACUUUAUUUAGACGCUACCCUGUUGUGUCUACAGCAUACCUACGCUUCACGAUGCUGUCAAUACCUCGAUAUGUCUGCUUCAUUUCCUGUCAUCUUGGCUUUCUGUCCGAUAUCUUCCCCCUCGUCCAGACGAUAAAGUUAUAUUCAACUACGAGACAAUAAUACAAUGC